CUGUUUUAGAGUACUAAUAUAAAUACUUGAUGUAUUAGUUUCUUGUUUAGUCAGUUAGUUUUACAAUAAACUCAAAAAGAACUCUCUGGAAGUUUUCUCAGGAAGUUUUUUGCUUUUCUGAUUUCUUUCUUUCUUGAAUUUUCUCUUGCACUUUCUUUCUUUUUCUUGCUGCUUUUUCUUCCUUUUCAUGGUAUCAGAGCCAAGCUUCAUGGCUACUCAAAAAUAUGCGUUGGUUGUUGUUUCACCUUUCUCAAGCAAUGUUAUGAAACUUGAGGAAGAUAAUUUUGUUUUGUGGAGGUCACAAAUUCUUCCUACUCUCAAAGGACACGAUCUGGAAAAAUUCAUUGUAAUCCGAAGAACAGCGUCAGGAAAAGUUUCAGUUCUUGCAGAUGAUAGAUCUAGCAGUGUUGCUGAUGUUGACGAAGAACUUGACUAUUGGGUGAAACAGGAUCAAUUGCUAUUAGGAUGGAUUCGAGCUACAAUUUCACGGGAAGUUCUACGGCAUCUGGUUGGGUUACAAACAACAGUUGAUGUUUGGCAGACUCUUGAAUCUAGGUAUGCAUCUCACUCUAGAUCUCAAAUUUUACGUCUUCGAACACAGUUGCAAUCCACCAAAAAAGGAGGUUUAAGCAUUAAUGAAUAUUGGCUCAAAAUGAAGAUAAUUGCUGAUGAUCUUGAGGCUGCUGGUGAAUUUGUGCAUGAGACAGAUUUUGCGUAUUAUAUUCUUGGUGGUUUAGGACCUGAGUUUGAUCCUGUCUCUGAAAAUCUUAAUUCUCGGCUACACUCAAUCGGCUUGACAGAGGUUCGAUCUCGGUUACUUGCGUAUGAAAGCAAGUUGGAAGACUAUAAUUCUGCUCUUUCUAUGAAUCUUGGUCAUUCUCAUUCAGCAAAUAUGAUAAGUUCAGUUUCUCAUACUGAUUUGAAUUCUGUAAACUUGGUUCAACCUCCAACUCAUGGGCAUGUUGAGACCUCUGGACGUAAUUUUCAGUUUUCUGGUUCCAAUAGCAAUGUUGGUCGUGGUUUCUCUCCACGAGCUCGGUUUGACAGAGGAUUUGUUGGCAACUACAAUUAUCGAAAUGAGAAUUACAAUACUCGAGGUCGAGGUUUCUUUGGUCAUGGCAGGGGUACUAAUCGACCAAUUUGUCAAGUCUGUAAAAUGGUUGGACAUACUGGUGAUGUUUGUUAUUAUAGGUAUGCUCAACCAUUUCAGCAGAGUGUUCUACAGCCAAGCUUUACUGUUGGCAGUGCUAAUCCUAGGACUUUCUUUACUGGAGUUCCACACACUCUACCACACACUCUACAAUUUUAAUUACAAUAUGAGAUCGCCAGUUAUGCCUGAAUCAACUAUUGGGAUGGUUGCUCCAAAUUUGCAGUCAUAUGGUUCCAUGUCUGGUUUGUCUAAUCUUUUUUCUUAUGGUGUCUCAACACCACUUGGUAGUUCUAACAACAUCUCUGGUCAAGUGCCACAACAGUCUACUGGUUUUUGUGUUCAUAAUGGUGUACCUCAUUUCGGUGCACCUCUUUCUGCUUCAUUUGGCAUGAAUUCUGCUGGUUCUCCUUUCAUGCCUCCAAUGUCAGCUUCCAUUGGAUCAAAUGUUGUUGGUCAUUCUUCAGUGCCUCAAAUGUCAGCUAAUAUGAGUAAUUUGUCUCUUUCUCCACAUUCUAGUGCUAAUGUUGUGUCUGCAACAGUUGACCCAAACCCUUCCUGGUUCUUAGACAGUGGAGCUACUAAUCAUGUAGCUGCAGAUGGUGAUAGCUUGCUUGAACAUAUUGAGUUUCAAGGAAACAACAAACUUACUGUUGGCAAUGGGCAGAAUGUGGAUAUUACUCAUAUUGGACAAGUUAGGCAGAACUCAACUUAGAGGAGUAUUGGAAGAUGGAUUGUACAAAUUGCAAGCUCCUGUUCUUAAAAGACAAAGACUACAUCCAAAUAAGGUGUUCACCAGUUCUUAUGCUGCUGAUUUUGGUUCAGAUCGUGACAAGGGUCCCUAUUUCUCAAAUUGUGCUACCAAAUCUGCUGCUGGUGUUUCUGGUGUUGUUGGUGAAUCGUUUUGCUUUCCUUUAGCAUGUACUACUUCUUCACAUUGUACUACUUCCUCUCAAAGUUUACCAGAUGUAAGAAGUGACAGUUGUCGUAGAAUCAAUGUCUCAGAGUUUGCAUUGUUUCAUAAUAGACUUGGACAUCCAAAUACUAAAGUUACAUUGGAAGUCCUCAAAAGUUGUAAUAAGAAAUUUCUUAAUAAAGAUGAGUUCUUUUGUGAUGCCUGCCAACUUGGUAAAAAUCAUUUGAUCAAUUUUCCUGUCUAUACUUCUAGAGCAUCAGCACCUUUGGAAAUCAUUUAUACAGAUUUAUGGGACCUGCUUCAGUUAGUUCCAAGGAAGGAUACAAGUAUUACAUACAGUUCUUAGAUGAUUACUCAAGAUAUGUUUGGAUAUAUCCUUUAAAAACCAAGUCAGAAGCUCUGGCAAUUUUUUCAAGUUUUCAUGUUAUGGUUGAAAGGCAGUUUGAUAAAAAAAUCAAAGUUCUUCAAGCUGAUUGGGGAGGUGAAUUCAGAUCCUUUCUUCCUUAUCUCUCAAAGUUUGGUAUUGUCUUUAGGCAUCCUUGUCCUUAUAUUCACACACAAAAUGGAAAAGUGGAAAGGAAGCAUAGACAUCUUGUUGAAUUGGGAUUGUGUCUCUUGGCUCAAGCUCACAUGUCGCUAGUUUAUUGGUGGGAAGCCUUUCAUUGUGCUUCUUUCUUGAUCAAUCGGCUACCAACUCAGGUUCUUAAUCAACUUUCUCCCUAUGAGAUGUUGUUUCAUAAAAAACCUGAUUACGCUUUUCUUAAAGUUUUUGGGUGUGCUUGUUUUCCGUAUUUGAGACCUUAUAACAAGGUUAAGCUGAAUUUUCAUACAACCAAGUGUGUCUUUUUGGGAUAUAGCCCUGAUCAUAAGGGUUAUCGUUGCUUACAUCCAUCGGGAAGGGUUUAUAUUACAAAUAGUGCUAUUUUUCAUGAAACUGCGUUUCCUUUUAUGACUGGUUUUUCUUCAAGUUCUGCUAAGAAGGAUGAACUUUCCUCUUCUUGUUCAUCUUCUGAUGCACCUUUGUUUGUCCUGCAUAAAAAUGUCUCCUCUACUCCUUUGACUGACUCCACCCCAGAUAUCUCUUCUCUUCCUAAUAACAAUUUACCAAGUUCUUUUUCUCAAAAUACUUCAUUUACUGAAUCAAUUUCUUCUCUGGCAAAUAAUUCUCCUUUACCUAAUGUUUCUGCUCUUGUUCCUCCAGCUAAUUUGUCUCCACAUAAUUGUUCUCCUCAGUAUGAUACUUCCACUUCUGCUCCUAAUACUUCAAAUUCAUCUUCUAGUCUUCAAUCUCCUAUUAGGCUAAAUACUUCUUCUAUUAUUCCUCAACCAGUUUUGUCCAGUUCAAGAACAGUGUUGAAACCCAAUACUCAAUCAGUUCAUCCUAUGAUAACUAGAUCAAAGAAUGGUAUUUUCAAACCCAAUACUUCAAAAAUUCUUUUAACUACUAAACAUCCUUUACCUCCUACUUCUCUUAGUCAAAUGGUUGUCCCAAGAACAGUCAAAGCAGCUCUUCUUGAUCCUCAAUGGAAAUCUGCUAUGGAACUUGAAUAUUCUGCUUUGAUGAAAAAUAACACUUGGCAACUAGUUCCUUGCACUUCUGAUAUGAAUAUUGUUGGCAAUAAAUGGGUUUUUAGAGUAAAGUAUAAUGCACAUGGUACUAUUCAAAGGUGUAAAGCUAGAUUAGUUGCUAAGGGUUUUCUACAAACACCAGGGUUGGACUAUUUUUAAACCUUUAGUCCAGUUAUUAAACCUGCUACAAUUCGGUUGAUCUUAACAGUAGCUAUUUCUAAAAAUUGGGUGGUACAGCAGUUGGACUUUAAUAAUGCAUUUUUGAAUGGAGAUCUCAAUGAAACAGUGUAUAUGUCACAACCUGAGGGUUUUGUUUCUUCAACACAUCUAGCGUAUGUUUGCAAGCUGCAAAAGGCUUUAUAUGGUUUGAGACAAGCUCCACGAGCUUGGUUUGAUAAACUCAAACAAGCUUUGCUUCACAAAGGAUUCAAGAACUCACAAGCUGAUACAUCCUUGUUCAUGUAUAAUUUUGGUACAACCUGUGCUAUGAUAUUGGUGUAUGUUGAUGAUAUCAUAAUCACAGGUAACAAUGCUAUUUUUGUUAAUCAGCUUAUUGGCGAUUUGAACCAACAAUUUUCUCUUAAGGAUCUUGGUGAUUUACACUUCUUUCUUGGAAUUGAAGUUCAUAGAUCUGAAGGUGUUAUGCAUCUAACUCAGAGUAAAUAUAUUAGAGAUCUGUUGCAGAAAAGCAAAAUGGAUGGUGCUAAAGAAGUUUCUUCUCCUAUGUUAACUGGCAGACAUCUAUCCCUAUAUGAUGGUGACAUGUUUGAUAAUCCUGAGCUAUAUAGAAGCACCGUUGGAGCACUUCAGUAUCUCACAAUAACUAGACCAGAAAUCUCCUUUUCAGUUAACAAAUUAAGUCAGUUUCUUCAUGCUCCUACCACAGAUCAUUGGGAGACUUGCAAGAGAUUACUGAGAUAUCUAAAAGGUACAAUUCAAUAUGGUCUUCAACUACAAGCCUCAAACCAAUUAGUUCUCCAUGCUUUUGUAGAUUCAGACUGGGCUAGUAAUCCCGAUGAUAGAAAAUCUACAAGUGGUUAUUGUAUUUUUCUGGGGGCAAGCUUAAUUUCGUGGAGCUCUAAAAAGCAACAUGUGGUUGCAAGGUCCAGUACAGAAGCUGAGUACAGAGCUUUGGCACAUGUCACAGUUGAGUUGUGUUGGUUGAGGAACCUUAGUCAAGAACUGCAGUUUUUGUUUGACAAACCAAUAAUAUGGAGUGAUAAUAUUGGUGCAGCACUAUUAGCUUCUAAUCCUGUACAUCAUGCCCGAGUCAAGCACAUUGAGAUUGAUUUGCACUUUGUUAGAGACAAAGUUUUAGAUAAAGAGCUUGAGAUUCGUUAUGUGCCUUCAAAGGAGCAGAUUGCUGAUAUUUUUACUAAAUCAUUGGGUACUUCACGUUUUUUAUUUCUGAGGAACAAAUUAAGAGUGAGUGAAGUUCCUGUAGUUAUGAAAUCUGCAUUGUUAUAGUAUUUGAUGUUGAUUAAAAGGUGUCUUCAACUUGAAAAGAAAGCAUUAUGGGGUGCUGCCAAGUUUUUUUUUUUAGUGGAUGAAAGGAAGUAUUGUCGUGAAGUACUGUCAAGUUCAGUUCUGGAAGCAUUGUGGAAUACUGUCAAGUUUAGUUCUGGAAGCAUUGUGGAAUACUGUCAAGUUCAGGUCUUUUUCAUUAAGAUGAAAGGUGUCUUUAACUUGAAAGGGGGCGUAUUGUGGAAUGGUACCAGCUCAGCAUAGCUUUAGCACAGCCUUGGUGCCAGAUUAUCACACCAGUUAGUUAAAUGUCAUGUGACCCACCAUGUGCUUGUAUUUUUUAGUUAUAAGUUUGUUGUUUCUGUUUUAGAGUACUAAUAUAAAUACUUGAUGUAUUAGUUUCUUGUUUAGUCAGUUAGUUUUACAAUAAACUCAAAAAAAACUCUCUGGAAGUUUUCUCAGGAAGUUUUUUGCUUUUCUGAUUUCUUUCUUU